AGCUCACAAGCUACGAUCGCGCUAAACGCUGCCCGAUCAAAACACUCAUUCAGAGUUUGCCCGUGCUGAGGUUAGCAUCGCUUUUCCUCCGUGACUUCAGAAGCGCGCGAAAUUUUCGAAUUUCCAACGUGUGUAUGUUCUUUGCCGGUUCCAUUGGAACUUGUUGAAUAUUUGUGUGUCUUUUAUUUGAACGUGGAUCGUUUUUUGUGCUUGGAGAAGUUUGAUUUGGCAGUAGGAGAGACGAAGGGCUGUUGAUAGAACGUGUUAGCCGGGUGGAAAGACAAGACUUCACCAUUAAAGCUGUGAGUUGAUGAGGCAUUUGUGAGAUAUGCAUGAACUGUUAACAAAAUAAUAAAGAGCCGGCCUAACGGCCCCAUGAUGACAAUGGACGUGUCCAAAGCGGAGGCUCCAAAGCCUGGCUCCAACACCGGUCAACAGGAGUGUGCCGGCUGCUGCAAACCCAUAACAGAGCGUUACCUUCUGAAGGCCCUGGACCUCUACUGGCACGAGGACUGCCUGAAGUGCGGGUGUUGCGACUGCAGGUUGGGCGAGGUCGGAUCCACGCUCUAUACCAAAGCAAAUUUGAUAUUGUGCAAACGGGACUAUCUCAGACUGUUCGGUAACACAGGUUAUUGUGCGGCAUGCACCAAGGUGAUACCAGCAUUCGAGAUGGUGAUGAGGGCUAGGAAUAAUGUUUAUCAUUUGGAGUGUUUCGCGUGUCAACAAUGCAACCACAGAUUUUGUGUUGGCGACAGAUUCUAUCUUUGUGAGAACAAAAUUCUAUGUGAAUACGACUACGAGGAACGUCUAGUUUUUGCAAAUAUGGCUUACAACCCACCACCACUGUCACAUUUAAAGAGGCAAACUUCAAUACCUCCUACAUCCCUUCCCAACCAUCUACUCAACGGACAUAGAACGCCCUUACCACCCUCUAAUGGCGAUCACAAUAACAACAUGUCUGGUAAUGGUUCACUACCACCUUCUUCAAUGGCAAAUGCCCCCUUUUCAGUAUCUGGUCACUUGAAGAAUCCACCGAUGUCUUUGGGAGCUACCAGCUGAAGAUUUUAGAUUAUCUGUGAUGAAGUCCAUACAUUUCUAUAUAAAAUAUUAAUGAAAGAACUCUCAGCUUCAUCCUUGUGCAGAAAACAUGGGAGAUUGUAUACGAAUGCUGAUGAGAAUGAAAGAGAUGAAUGCUCUUCGACUUUCAAUUUCCUAUUGUAAAUAAACCUUUGAAUGCUCAACACAGUACGUAAUCUGUAAAUUAUUAAUUGUGCAAUAGAGAAACUUGGAUGAAUGAAUGAUAACUACAAGGUAUAUAAAUUCCUGGAGCUGUAGAUAAUUCUUGAAUCUCGAAUGAAAUGUAUCAUCUCGAUUAAAGGAUGAAUUUGUACAUAAUAUUGUUAGUUUUAGAAUGGAUGUUAUACCAGUAAACAUAAUUGUUUUCUAAAUAGAUGUUAUAGUUAACGAUUACAUUUCAUUUUGUUGACGUUGCCAUUUUUAUAUUAUUUAAAUUAUUAUUGAUCAUUUCAAAUUGUAAAGUAUUAUAGUCCUCGUUUUGUACAUAAUAUAACCUCAAUUACAUGUUUUCGUAUAUUACGAUGAAUAGGUGCCAAUUGGAUUCAAAUUCUACUUUAUGUAGUACAAAUUUACUGUCAAAUGUAUUCAAACUACCAAUGAUUUGACCAAAGAAAUAAAUUUUACAACCAA